UGGAAAGGAUUGCACAUGGCGCCGGGUGUCAUCUAAAGAUUUGUUGAUUUUCGUGGUUAUUUUUUUUUUUUUUUAUUUACUAUAAAUUUAUGUUUUUUUUAUUGUAAUUAAAUCGAACUCAUGGCUUGUUUUUUCCGAAGAAAUAUAGCAUCGAAGCUCGCCAAGGUUUUGAGACAUCCUGAAGAGUCCUUCAUUUCCUCCAUCUGCGCCAUCCCCGUCUCUAAGAAACAACGGUCUUCAGACUUCCGGCUGUCACUGAGCCGCCUGCGAGAAAAUGGAUUCAUCUCAUCAGCUGAAGAUAUUCAAAGGCAGGCAGAGGGCCUGGCAAGAAAGCUGAAACGUGAUACUCUGUUAGAGGAAAUAACAGUUGGGCGUGGAGUGAUAAACUUUAAAAUAAACAGAUCUGUCUUGAUACAGGUAAGAAAUUUUAAAGAGGUAUCAAAUGGAAGGCAUAGAUUUGGACUAAAAAGUGAACUUUUCAGAGGUCACCAGAAGGGAAGAACUCUGGUAGAGUUCAGUUCACCAAAUAUUGCCAAGAAGUUCCAUGCCGGACACCUGCGAUCUACUAUAAUUGGUAAUUUCAUUGCCAACUUGAAAGAAGCCCUAGGAAAUGAUGUGAUAAGGAUGAACUACCUUGGAGACUGGGGCUUUCAGUUUGGUCUGCUGGGAGCUGGCUUCCAACGCUUUGGCUCACAGGAAAAAUUAAAAGAGAAUCCCUUACAACAUCUUUUUGAUGUGUAUGUCCAGGUUCACAGGGAAGCAGAGGGGGAGGAGUGCAUCCACCAGGCCGCUAGGGACUUUUUCAGGGCUUUAGAGCAAGGGGAAGAGGAGCCCCUGUCGCUAUGGAGACAUUUCCGGGAGAUUACCGUGGCGGAGUACCAGCGGGUUUACAAUCGUUUGGGGGUCCGCUUCGACGAGUACUCGGGGGAGUCGUUCCACCAGGACCAGGUGCUGGACGUGCUGGAGCAGCUCAGAACGCGAGGCCUGCUGAAAAGCACAGAGAAGGGAACCAGCGUGGUGGAUCUGUCUCCUGCCCAGGACAUGUCCUACUACUCCACUGUGCUCCGCAGUGAUGGGACGUCGCUCUACAUCACCAGGGAUCUUGCUGCGGCUGUCAGUCGGAAAGAGCAGCAUGCAUUUGAUGAAAUGAUAUAUGUGACGGAUAAAAGUCAAGCAGGCCAUUUCCGGCAGGUUUUCGAGAUCCUGCGUGCAAUGGGAUAUCGGUGGGCCCAAAGCUGCCGCCAUGUGCCCUUCGGCCUGGUCCAGGGAAUGAAGACCCGGAAGGGCGAGGUGGUCUUCCUGGUGGACGUGCUGGAUGAGGCCCGGAGCAAGAUGCUGAGGAACAUGCGGGAGUCUACAACCACCAAACAUCUGGAGGACCCUGAAGACACCGCAGAGAAAGUGGGAAUUGCUGCUCUAAUAGUUCAGGACUUUAAAGGUCCCCUUGAAUCGGACUACAAGUUUGACUGGGACCGAGUUCUCCAGAGCCAAGGAGACACUGGGGUCUUCUUGCAGUAUACACAUUCCAGACUGUGCAGCUUAAUGCGAAUGCAUGGAAAUGAAGGGGAGGGUCCCUGCGAUCUGACACUUCUGCAGGAAAGCCAAGGCAUUGUAAUACUGCAGCAUCUGCUAAGGUAUGAUGAGGUACUUUGGCAGAUUUCACAGGACCUACAACCAAGAUACCUGGUCAACUUCCUUAUGAUCCUCAGUCAUCUGGUGGCUGCAGCCCUCAAGGCUUUACCAGUGAAAGGUAGUCCUCCUAUGAUGGCUCAGGCUAGACUGCAGCUGUUCAGCAGUGCCCAUACUGUACUGGCCAGUGGCAUGAGGAUCCUUGGAAUCACACCUGUACAAAAGAUGUAACAACACCUGCCAUUCCUCUUUUUGUCUUGCCAUGAUAUUUAUACAUGCUUGGGUACUAAAAGCAUUGUUUCAAGUGUUGGAGUAAAAAGGAGGAAACUGGAUCAUGUUUUAUUAAAUUCCUUUAUUGUCAUGUACAGUAAGGACCUCUGCUAAUACUUUAAUCUUCAUUUCUGAACUGUAGUAUACAGUAUUAUUUGGAAAGAUCAUGGGUUCCCCUGUUAAAGAGGAAUAGUUUUCAGCUUUUAACUUGAUUUGGUAAUGUAUUAAAAUACAUAAUUCAAACCCUGAUUAGGUGCAUGAAUCCAAAAUUUUCAGUUAAUGUGUCAUACGUAGUGUUUGACCACUUUGUGCGAUAAAUGAUUUAACACAUAACAUGACAGUCAGUGCUGGGUGCAGAUCUUUUUAAGUACAACACAGCCAUGGUACAUAAAUGAAUGCACACUGCAAGCUGAUGCAUGAAACUUCCAAAUUGUUUCGAGUUACAACAAGUGUAGCUCAAAUACUUAUAGGGGGGCAUAAAAAGCUUGCAGUGUGUCUUUUCUGCAGGGCUUGUG